GCAGGAGGUGGCAGGGAACGGGGGUGACGCUUGGCAAUGUGGGGACAUUGGCAUGGGAAGCAGCAGGGACCCGAUCCAGGUGUGGGGACACGGUGCUCUCGAAGGCCAUCAGCAGCACUGCUGGCACCUGCCCCCUGAGCAACCCUGUGGCGCCUGUGGGGUUUGGCUGGUCUUGGCCAUGUCGAGCAUGAGAUAACAGGACCUUGUCCCUGAGGGGUGGUGGUGUGGGGGGCUGUGCCCUGGGGCAGCUGGUGCUCGAGUUUGGGGUACAGCAGGGCUGACCAGCACCCCACAGAGAGCAGUGUGGAUGGGGCACCCACCAGCUGCCCCCCAGGAGGGACCCUGCCCAUCCCAGAGCAGGGCCAGGUGUCUGUGCCACGUCCCAUCAUGGUGCCAGCACACGAUGGGCAGAUGUGGCCGUUCCCAGGGAGCAUGAUAAGAUGGGGCGAUGGGGCUGAGGAGCCCUGUGCCCCCAGUGUGGGAGAGUCCCCACAUGGCAGCGGCGGGAGGGGCCACUCCAAGGUCCCCAGGCCCUAUAAGAAGGGUGAGCAGCCCCAGUGCAGCACCUUUGGUCAAGCACAACCAUGCUGGGAGCCAUCUGUCUCGUCGUGCUGCUGGGCUACGCCUACGGAUGCGGCCAGCCGGCUGUGCCACCACAGCUGGGCACCCGCGUGGUGGGCGGUGAAGACGCCGUAGCCCACAGCUGGCCCUGGCAGAUCUCACUGCAGUACGAGAGCUCUGGAUCUUGGCACCACACUUGUGGCGGGACCCUGAUUGCCCCUCAGUGGGUGCUGACGGCCGCCCACUGCAUCAGCUCUUCCUUGACGUACCGUGUGGUGCUGGGCAAGCAGGUCCUGUCGGAGGAUGAGCCUGGCUCGGUGGCCGUGGGUGUGGAGAAGACGAUCGUCCAUGAGAAUUGGAACUCCUUCCUCAUCAUCAACGACAUCGCCCUGGUCAAGCUGGAAGAGGAGGUGCAGGAGAGCGAUACCAUCCGGGCCGCCUGCCUGCCCGAGGCCGACAAGAUCCUGCCCAACGACUACCCCUGCUACGUCACCGGCUGGGGACGCAUCAGGACCUACGGGCCCCUGGCCGAUGUCCUGCAGCAGGCUCUGCUGCCCGUGGUGGACUACGAGACCUGCUCCCAGAGGAACUGGUGGGGCAGCAGCGUGCGCACCACCAUGGUGUGCGCUGGCGGUGAUGGCAUCGUCUCUGGCUGCAACGGCGAUUCCGGCGGCCCCCUGAACUGCCAGCGCGAGGACGGGAUCUGGGAGGUGGAAGGGAUCGUCAGCUUCGGCUCCGGGCUGAGCUGCAACCUGAUCAGGAAGCCGACGGUGUUCACCCGGGUGUCCGCCUACAUCGACUGGAUCAACGAGAAAAUAAGCUCCAACUGAGGACUCGGCACGUGGAG